AUGGUGGCGAUGCCGCAGCCUAACGCGGAAACGGCCGGCAUGGCCGAAUGGGAGCAGGUGCGCCACAACGAAUUGGCGCUGCGCGCGCAGAAGCAGCCCAGCUUUGCGCAUCGGCUGUUCGCGGCCCCGUUCGCCACACGGACGGACCUCAACAGCAGCUUCCAAGAUCUGAGCCCCCUCUCGCUCGAGGAGCAGGAGAAGCGCAUAUUGGUGGUCGUCGCGCACAUCAUUUAUGGCUGGAGCUCGCAAGACGUGCACAUUUGGUCGGAGGACGGGAGCUACCGGAUAGACCACAACAUCACGUGGGACCCAAAGUUGCGCUCGCACUUUGAGACGUUCGAGCGCUCGCUGCUCUACAUCUACGCCAUCUACCAGAGGACCCACGAAGCCCUCUCCAACCCGUCGGGGCCCCGCUUCCCCUUCAUUUUCGCGCAGGGCGUGCAGCUGUUCAUCUCCAAAUACGUGAAGCCAUUGGUGACCGAGAAGCGGACGCUGCUCGACGUCAGCUGCGAGAUGGCGCGGCAGGCCUCGUCGCUCAAGGUGUGCGCCGAAUUAUCGGGAAUUUUGAAUCAGAGCACCAUUUUCCAGCCCGGCUGCAUCUCCACCAAGUUGAUGGACGCGCUCGAGGCGCAGCUCCGCGUCGCCGUCAGUCCACAGCUACGCGAAAUCCUCGACUACAUCCUCUACAAGAUGCGCGAGCAGUGGGCGCUGUGCUCGCUGGCCUGGGUCACGCACGGGCAGCUGCUCGAGGACCCACAUUUCGAGUUCAUGAUCUGGCCCAUCGCCAAGAUGAAGCAGCUCAACUCGAUGUCGCUGAUGAAGACGGCCGUCAAGUCGCCUCGCGACUAUCAAGUGGUCAACGACAAGUUCAUCGGCAUCCGGGCCAUGUGCCCGAAGGCGUUCGAAAAGGAGUACCAGGCCAUCCUCUCGGCCGAGAAGUAUGUGCGGCUAAUUACGGCGGCCGGCGUGCGAGCCACCCCAUAUUCGAUGCACCUUGACGAGAAGGACCUGCACGAUUCGUCGAAGACGGCGCGCGUCAUACGAAACAUCUGCCGAGGGCGCAGCGAGCAGCUGUUGAAGCACAUCCACGAGAAGUUCGACCUGGGCGCCGCAUACGCCGUCGUCAACGCCGUCUUCCUCAGCACCGAGUUCGACCUCAGCGGGCUGCUCAUCAAAGUAUGCGGGGACCAGCUGUACCGGCCGGCCGAGGAGGUCUCCUUGCGCCAGCUCAACAACCGGAUGACCCGCAUCUUCGAGCCGUACAGCGUCGACCACUCGGGCGUCUUCAGCCAAAUGAGGCUCGAGUUCGCGUCAAUCUCCUUCUUCGAGAAGAUGGGCGUUGAGUUCGACGGCCCCCAGAAUCCGACCGUCUCGACGACCGUGCAGCUGUCGUGGACGCCGAGCACGCUGCUGCGCGAGAUCUGGAACACUGAGGUGGUCCACAACCUGAUGCUCGUCCAGCGCUAUCUGUUCGUGCUGAGCGCGCUCAUGUUCCGCAUCGACGAUCGGCUGCUCGAAGUGGCGCGACGCUCCCGGACGACGGACCGACUGCCGCGCAGCGUCGGCAACUGGCAACAAUACCGCCUGAACGGGAUGCACCAGUUCCUCGUCAAAAUCAUCUCCUGGACCCAGGACGUCAUCAACCAGGAGGCGCUACACGUGCAGGAGAAGCUCGGGAAGACGGCCUCCGUCGAGGACAUGUGCGAGCUGUUGAUGGAGAAGCUGAUCGCGCCCAUCUUCGCCCGCACCCACCUGUGCAACGUCGGCAUGGUGACGCAGGUGCACCAAGCGUGCGUGGCCAUCCACAACUUUCUCGAGGAUAAGGACGCCGACAUCCUGCAAGUGGCCUUUGACGCGUUCCUCGAGGCCCGCGACGUGCUCGUCAUCCACAUGGAGGAGAACCGC